AACAGGAAAGUUUUCUUUUGCCGUUCCAUAAAGGGCCAAACCGGACCCAGAUCCAUCCAUCUUUUACCAAGCAGGUGCACAAAGCAGCACCGGCGUAAAGUAGCAUGCAUCCAUGGCCUCUUCAUGUCCCAACAACUUCCCCCUCUACCACCACCAUCACCAACUCUCAGACCAAGACGCAGAAGCAGCAGCAGAAGAGGACGAGGACAACAUGCUCGAGCUCGGUCUCGGGCUUGGCCUGGGCUUGACCCAGUCCCGUACAGAAGACCAUAUUGGGUCAAGCUCGGCUUCUGCCUCUGCCUCCGCCUCUGCAUCUUCUCCUUCACCAUCAUUUCAGUUAGGGUUAGGGUUAGGGUUUGGGAAUGAGGCUGUCAGAAAUAGUAGUAAUAGUGGUAGUAGCCUAGCUAUGCAGCCGGCUUGUAAUCAUGGUGGAUGGUGGAAUCAGCCUCAUGGUCAUGACCAUCAUCAUGAUGGGCCAUCAUUAACGUUGCUAACAUCUCCAGCAUGGCCAUGGCGCCUGGAUUCAGACGGAUUUCUGCACCCAGAGAACCUGCAGCUGCCUGUUCCCAAGGCCACUCAUGAUUACCGCCGGAGAUCGGAACUGGGGUUGUGGUUUAGCCUCCGUUCUUCUGUUAACCAGGAAGGAGAAACGCUGCCACAGAUUCCAAAGGCGUAUAUUAGAGUCAAGGACGAGAACGUGACUGUUUUCAUGGUGAAGACGUACCUGGUUACAAAGCUUGGUCUUACCAACGAAGCUGAGAUAGAGAUCUCAUGUGCUGGGCUGGAUUUGCUGCAUUCACAAACGUUGAAGAGCGUUCGAGAUAUUGUAUGGCUCCCUAAAUUUUUAGAUGAAGUGGCGCCCAUGAAAGAAAAAUCUCACAACUAUUUAAUGUGUUUGCACUAUAGAAAGUGUUGUUCCCUGGAGUACCAGAAAUUAAUCAAUUCCUUCGGUCAAUAGCAAGAUGUGUGUAUCAGGGAGAGAGAAUUGUUGAUCAGGGUUGGGUUAUUCUUGGUCUGCAUGGAAAUUUCAUUCACUAUAUAUACCUGUUGGUGACUUUGGUGAGACGUGAGGGCGUAAACAUACUGUGUAGCUAUCAGCAGGUAGCAAUGUAGAAUUGAUGCAAUGCAAAUUUGUAUUUCUA